AUGUAUACCUGGGUGAACCGGUCGAACUGUUCUUUCAACUGCAGUUGGGAUGAGAACGCGACUGACUGGGGAAUCGAGCACCCAGUCAACAUAUUUCCCAUUCCUGUCCUGGUCGGGGUCACCAUCACCUGCGUCCUUUUCUUCUUUGCAGGUGUAACAGGGAACCUGAUGACCAUUUUGGUGGUGACAAAAUACAAGGACAUGCGAACCACCACCAACCUCUAUCUUUCCAGCAUGGCCUUUUCGGAUUUGCUCAUCUUUUUCUGCAUGCCCCUGGACUUGUACAGAAUCUGGAGGUACCGACCUUGGAAUUUUGGCAACAUACUUUGUAAACUCUUUCAGUUCGUCAGCGAGUGCUGCACAUACUCGACCGUUCUCAACAUCACUGCUCUCAGUGUGGAGAGAUACUUUGCUAUUUGUUUCCCUCUGAGGGCUAAAGUAGUCGUGACCAAGGGUCGCGUGCGAGGGGUCAUUUUGGUCCUCUGGAUAGUCUCCUUCUUUAGCGCAGGACCUGUAUUUGUUCUCGUCGGUGUUGAGCAUGAAAACGGAAAAAACUCUUGGGAUACUAACGAAUGCAAAGCGACGGAAUAUGCCAUUAGGUCUGGGCUCUUGACCAUCAUGGUUUGGGUUUCCAGUGUUUUUUUCUUCUUGCCUGUGUUCUGCUUAACUGUUUUGUAUAGUCUAAUCGGGCGAAAGCUCUGGAAGAGAAAAAGGGAGUCGAUUGGAGAAAACAUUUCGAGUCGUGAUAAAAACAAUAGACAAACAGUGAAAAUGCUUGCUGUGGUGGUGUUUGCCUUCGUGCUCUGCUGGCUUCCCUUUCACGUUGGACGCUACCUGAUCUCCAAAUCUACAGAGAUGGGCUCUCCACUCUUGUCUGUCAUCAGCCAGUACUGCAAUCUCAUCUCCUUUGUACUCUUUUACCUAAGUGCAGCAAUCAACCCUGUUCUAUACAACAUCAUGUCCAAGAAGUACAGGAUGGCAGCUUGCAAACUUUUCGGACUGCACCAUACUCCACGAAGAACCACGUCAACGGUCAAAGGAGAAAGUUCCCCGUGCUGGACGGAAUCUACUGUCAGCUUGUGACUGUGAGAGACUAUCUUUCCAUUAACAGCCAUUCUAGACCUUUCUGCCAUGAUCAUUGGCACGUUCACUACACACUUGGGGAUUUUCAUUGGGUACGAUGACAGUCCCAUUAUUAGACUAUAGAUCAGCAUUGAUGUCUAAUCCAUUUUCAAACAUGUCGCCUCAACUGAUCAGGGAGUAAUUUAGAAAGAUUCAUUGCCUCUCUUUCUUUAAUAGCCAUUUGACUAGCCAACCUUAACAUUUAUCAGAUGCCUUGAUGUUUUACAAAUAUAUGUUUGUAAAUAGACAGAUAGGAAGAGAGAACUUCAGUUGCCUUAAAUCUAAAUGAAAUCUGGAAGACAACAUAGCACUGUAGAUACAGCAGCAUUCUCCUGCUCCCAACUACAGGGACUGCAGAGGAAAUGCCUUUCAUGUGUAUUGUGUGCCUGAAUAACUACAUGCCAUGCUCUCUUUGCAAGUGUUUUCCAGUAUCUGACUGUGUGCACAAGGCUCUACUCCAGACCUCAAGGAAUACUGAUAUACAGAUCCCAAAAGCUUUUGAAAAAAAAAUCAAUAAAUAAAGCCUUCAAAAUUGCAUUGGCUCAUUAAAAAUUUCUUGAGCUCUCUUUUUUCUCAGUGUGUCAUGUCCUAAAAAUAUGAAAUCUAUUGUUUAUUUUAAAACCAUUCCAAUAACUGUUUUGACUGUAUAUCUGUGUUAAGUCCUUUUGCCAGAAGUUGU